AUGCUCGCACGCGCCGGCGAUUUGCUCCCAAAGAGUUGGUCCUGCAAGAAGACGCUAGUCGCUUUAGAGGUGCAAGCUGCCCGCCAGACCCGCAGCCUGUCAAGUCAGCCCCACCACCCGCAGCCGGGGCCACCGGUCCCCGCUCUGCCCUCUGCGGGGCGCGUCAUCACGAAUAGCGCCGGGGCUGAUUGGCCGCUUGUUAGUCGACAGGACGACGGUCACCAACAAACGAAUAUUUACAACCGCAAGCAUUCGCCCAGCGCCGCCAGCAGCGGAGCCGCCUACUCGCUCGUCAUCCGUCGUCAUCUGGGGCACAACCUAGCCGGCGGCCCUCGAAUCGGUAAAGGCACAAAGUCACACCACACCAGGCACCUCGCUCGACAUCGCCACCCGACUCGCUUGCGCCGCAAUGUCGCGCUACUUCCCGCACACGUCGUACGCAGAAGACCAGCCGCUGCCGCACGUCGUGCUCGCGGCGCACGUGCUCACGCGCUCGCUGGCGGCAGGAUCCCUCGUCGGGCUGGGCGUCACGGCCGCGAGGCAGGCGGUGCCGGCGUGUCGCACCGCAUCUUGAGGGCGUCGUCGGCCGGCGCGCUCUGGGGCCUGGGCGUCGGGGCGGCCGUGGUGGCUGGGCGCAUGUACGGCCGGGAGCCCGUCGAGUGGCAGGACAGGAGCUGGCGGCUGUUGGAGAACAGGGGCCAGCUCGAGAUGGACGACUGGACGUAUCUCGGCAUGGGGAGCGGCGUCGCCGCCGCCUGGGCCACGGGCAGUCUGAAGGGCCUGGGCGGGCGGGGAGUGCUGGGGGCCGUGGGCGCUGGAGGAGUGGUUGGCGGGCUGGCUUGGGCGGGCUGGCGGUUUGGCGUGAAUGGGGGCAGGUUCAAGGAGAAGCCCAAGGAGGGCGACUUGUGA